AUGAUGAAGGGUGGAGGGUGGGCUGGGUACAAGGGUAUGGGGAUGUCUUUGUUGGACCUUGCACUGCGUUCAACAGCAACUGUAGCAGAUCCUUUGCAUGAAGAUGUCACAUGCUCUGUGGACGUAGGUUCUUUGUUUAAGAGACUGAGCAUUCUGAAAGAUCUUCAAACAGGUGAUGGUGGUGAGACAGUUUCAGAGGCUGAUGUUGUAGAAGAGCCUUUGAUCACUGGUAUGGAAACCUUCUCUGUUAAUUACAAGGUUCUUGAACUAAAUUGGCAUGUUAUGCAUAAUAAACUUGAAAAUGCAAAGAGCAUAAAUGAGGUAAUUCAAUAUCAUGACUUUUUCAUGGAGAAGUGUCUCAAGGAAUGUUCACUUCUUUCUCCAAUCCUCCUCAAGAAAUUUGAGAAACUGAAACUUGUAUGCCUUCAAUAUGCUGCUGCAACUCAGUGGCUAAUGAGCUCCAUUGAAGCUCCUGAUUCAAACAGUUCCAUUGAUGAUUUGCAUUCAUCUUCCUUGGAAAAUUUAAAGGUUUUGAAGCUAAGAAAAUCUUCCAAAAAACCAAAUUCACCCACAGAUGAGUCUACAGUCAUCGAAUGUGUCCUGAAAUUUGAGAGGGAGUUUAGUAGUGAAUUGGAGAGUUUAAGGCCAAUAUUGAGCAGCAGGGCACAAGCAGAACCAUAUUUGACUCAUCUUGCACAGUUGAUUCUUGGUGUUGGUAUGGAUCACCACAUCUAGAUUUUUGUAUUUUUUCUUCAAGUUUACAGUUUGCUUGUUGGUUGUUGGUUGUAGUGGUUUUUUUGUAUAUAUAUGUUUUGGAAUCUGAGUGUUUUUGCUUGCAUGAUGAACAACUUGUGUAGAUUUCAUAGUAGUAAAACAUGGAUCAUCUGGAUUUGAUUUUAGCCAAACACAAUUUGUUUCUUGUUAUUAAAAUGA